ACCUUUGACUCUUUCUCUCUCUUUCCGCUUUAAACCCAUCUUUCACUUGUCUUCUCACUCUCCUGCUUCUCUAUUUUCUCUCUGUUUCUUAAUUUCUUAACUCAAAAUUUCUUCACCAAUUUAUUUUUAUUUAAAUUUCUUUUUUCUUUCUCAGUGACAGUUACGGCGAUUCUAAAACAAUGGUUAGAGACGAUUUAUACAUCACCGUUCCGAGUUUAUUCCGGUGUCCAAUUUCACUCGACGUCAUGAAAUCUCCGGUGAGUCUCUGCACCGGAGUUACUUACGACCGUUCCAGUAUCCAACGCUGGCUUGAUAACGGUAAUAACACUUGUCCCGCCACUAUGCAAAUUCUUCAAACCAAAGAUUUCGUUCCGAACCGGACGUUACAGAGACUCAUUCAGAUCUGGUCCGAUUCGGUUCGUCACCGAGUUGACUCGACCGAUUCUAUUAUAUCUAAUGAAUCGGUUGAUAAACGUGAUCAAUUACUUGUUGCUAUUACUGAUUUAGAGUCUGGUAGUGAGAAUCGGUUUCAGUCGCUUGAGAAAAUUGUGCGGUUCGCUAAAGAUUCUGAAGAGAAUUGUGUUUUUCUUGCUAAAACGGAAGGAUUCGUUGCUUUGUUGGUAGGUUUUCUUGAUAAUGUUGAUGGUGGAGUUGAACGGAGUGUUGAAUUGCUUGAACAAGUUGUUGUUGCGUUGGAUUUGGUUUUAAGUAAAAUUGAGAAUCGUGACUCGAUUUUGAAGAGCCAGAAGGAGAAGGAGUUACAGAGUUUAGAUUCUCUGCUUCUUGUUUUGAAACAAGGAAGUAGUGAAUCGAAGAUCGCUUCGGUUAGUGUUUUGAAAUCCAUAGCGGUUGAUACAGAAUCGAAGCUUCUAGUAGCGGAGAAAGAAGGUUUAGUAUCAGAAUUGCUUAAUCUAAUCACGCCGGAGAAUGAUCCGAAUCUAAUCGAGAACGCACUUUCGUGUCUGAUUGCAAUCUCAACACCGAAACGGAACAAAUCGAAACUAAUUCAACUCGGAGCAGUGAAGGUAUUCUCGAAGCUUCUAACGUCUCCGUCUAAUUUAUGCGUUUCAGUGACGGAAAAGUUACUGAAGCUUCUCGAAACGGUGUCAUCAAUGAAGGAAGGGAGAUCGGAGAUAUGUGAAGAGCCGUCGUGCGUGGCGGCGAUAGUAAACAAGGUUUUAAAAGUGUCCACCGUGGCAACGGAACACGCGGUUACGAUACUGUGGAGUGUUUGUUAUUUAUUUCGUGAUCAAAAAGCACAAGAAGCAGUUACGAAAGCUAAUGGAUUAACGAAGAUUUUGCUUCUGAUGCAGAGCAAUUGCACGCCACAAGUUCGUCAAAUGUCUGUAGAUUUACUUAAGAUAUUUCGUGUUAAUUCUAAGUCGUGUCUUUCUUCGUAUGAUACUAAAACCACUCAUAUUAUGCCAUUUUGAUUUUGAUUCAUCACUUUUGUAAAUUGAAAGAAAAUUUUGUUAGUGAAUAGAGAAAAAUUAUACUAGCUAUUUUAAUGCUUAGGAAUUCUCUUUUUGUUUCUUGAUGAUAUAAGAAAUUAAAGAAUUCUCAUUGUGCAAAUUCUAACCGUUCUAUCUAUCGCCCUGAUAAUGCCGAUAUUAUUAGACUGAAUAUUUCUUAGAACCCCGACUAUUGUAAAUUUUGUUUUACUUAGCGGGGAACCAUUGAGUUGUGUAAAUAUUUGGUUCUAGAAUCAAUGAACAAAUAUGGUUCUGUGAU